AUGGAUGAAGAAGGCACUUGGGCGCACUUGUUCAUCUCUGGCAAUCGUCCCAAUGUUCCCAAAGGCAAAGAGCUCAUCAGCGAAGACAACUUCCGACCUUUCUGUGCGGAAGACGCAAACUGGCCGCUCGGGCGCCCAGCUGACAAGAGCAGACCGAUAGACCCGCUCAACAUAGAGGUGUUUUGGAUCCGGAUCAAUGGACGCCGGAUAUAUGUCGGCAAAGCUGUUGGUCGACCCGCUCCGGCGAUGCAGCUUCAUCGACUCAGCGUAUCGAGACGCCAGAUGCCAGUAACGAUCGGCGAUGUCGUGCGCGAUUGGUAUCGGUCCUUGCUGCAGGACCGACUUCGUCGGCUGGAUGCCUUGCAUCGGAUUGGUAUCACGCAUGGAGACGUCAAAGACUGGCACUUUCGGGUUCCUGGUGACUCUUAUGAUACAGUCUUGUAUGAUUCCUUUGCAGCGUACACGUUCUCCGAGAAAUGGCAUUUUUGGAAAUGUGCAUCCAGAGAUAUCGCACGAGAUCUUCGUGCCGAUCUGAUUGAAGCCGGUUGCGAAGAUUCUGUUGACAGAGCUCUCUGGCAGUCUCUGGAUGAAGAGGAGGAAUUGCUGGAGCUGAUUAUACUGAAGGUCUACAGCCGUCCAGAUUGUCGACUUCUCAAUGCCGGCAUUGAACUCGAUAUUUCUUUUGCUGGGGACGAUCUGUCCAGAACCUGA